AUGAGGAGCCCGGCUUCGGCCCCAACUCAGCAUCCAGAAGUGAUGAAGGGAUUACUGGUAUUGGGCUGGCUCCUCCACCUGGUUGGGGGCUCGGAGAUGGGCAGCUUCCAGGGAGGAUGUCCAGGAAUUAAGGUUGCUGAAAGCCAGAACGAGACCCUGCAUCAGCUGUGUGGGUGGUGUGAGGUGGUGAUGGGAAACCUGGAAAUUGUGCUUACAGGGCACAACUUUGACCUCUCCUUUCUGAAGUGUAUCCGGGAGGUAACAGGAUAUGUCCUAAUAUCCAUGAAUGAGUUUUCAGAUCUGUCACUCCCCAACCUUCGUCUGAUAAGAGGAGCCCAGGUCUAUGAUGGGAAGUUUGCCAUCUUUGUCACUCUCAACUAUAAUACCAACUCCAACCAAUCCCUACGCCAGUUCCGCCUCAAUCAGCUCACAGAGAUCCUGGAUGGGGGUGUUUACAUUGAAAGGAAUGAUAAACUUUGUCACAUGGACACAAUUAACUGGAGAGACAUCGUGAGGGACCAACAGGCUGAGAUUGUGGUCAAGAACAAUGGCAAAAACUGUCCUCCUUGUCAUGAAUCCUGUGGAGGGAAAUGCUGGGGUCCCGGACCAGGAGACUGCCAAACAUUGACAAAGACAAUCUGUGCCCCACAAUGCAACGGCCACUGCUUUGGGCCCAAUCCCAACCAGUGCUGCCAUGAUGAGUGUGCAGGUGGAUGUGGAGGUCCCCGGGAGACAGACUGCUUCGCAUGCCGACACUUCAACGACAGUGGAGCCUGUGUGUCUUUGUGUCCUCUGCCCCUUGUCUACAACAAGCUCACCUUCCAACUCGAGCCCAAUCCCCAUACUAAGUACCAGUAUGGAGGGGUCUGUGUGGCCAGCUGUCCCCAUAACUUUGUGAUAGAUCACACCUCCUGUGUCAGGGCUUGCCCUGGGGACAAGAUGGAGGUAGAAAAGAACGGGCUGAAGAUGUGUGAGCCCUGUGGAGGGCUGUGUCCCAAAGCCUGUGAGGGGACAGGCUCAGGGAGCCGAUUUCAGACUGUGGAUUCUAGCAACAUCGAUGGGUUUGUGAACUGUACCAAGAUCUUGGGAAACCUGGACUUCCUGAUCACCGGCCUCAAAGGAGACCCCUGGCACAACAUUCCUGCCCUGGAUCCUGAGAAACUCAAUGUCUUCCAGACAGUUCGGGAGAUCACAGGUUACCUGAACAUCCAGUCAUGGCCCCCUCACAUGCACAACUUUAGCGUCUUCUCCAACCUGACCACCAUAGGUGGCCGAAGCCUCUACAAUCGGGGUUUCUCACUGCUGAUCAUGAAAAAUUUGAAUGUGACGUCACUGGGCCUCCGGUCCCUCAAAGAAGUCAGCGCUGGGCGUAUUUAUAUCAGUGCCAACAAGCAGCUCUGCUACUACCACUCCCUGAACUGGACCAGGCUGCUUCGGGGACCGAAGGAAGGGAGGCUGGAUAUCAAGAACAACCGCCUCAAAAAGGACUGUGUGGCAGAGGGUCGAGUGUGUGACCCACUGUGCUCAUCUGGGGGUUGCUGGGGCCCUGGUCCUGGCCAGUGUUUAUCCUGUCGAAACUACAGCAGAGAGGGAGUCUGUGUGACCCAAUGCAACUUCCUUAACGGAGAACCCCGAGAGUUUGCCCAUGAGGAUGAGUGCUUCUCCUGCCAUCCCGAGUGUCAGCCUGUGGAGGGCAAUGUCACCUGCUAUGGCUCGGGCUCAAAUGCUUGUGCUCAGUGUGCCCACUUCCGGGAUGGACCACACUGUGUGAGCAGCUGCCCCCAUGGCCUGGGAGCCAAAGGACCCAUCUACAAGUACCCAGAUGCUCAUAGAGAGUGUCUACCUUGCCAUGAGAACUGCACUCAGGGGUGCAAUGGGCCAGAACUCCAUGACUGUUUGGAAUAACCACAGGCCAUAAAUCCUUUCAACAUUUUUAAGCCUGUUUCUCUCAACAUUUUUUGCAGGUCAAUUGUAUUUGAUGGUAUAUACCUUAGAUUUUUCAUUUUUCAGUCUUUUGAUUUGUUUGAAUAUUCUUGUGAGAACUCACCUAUUGCUAGGCCCUAGCUAAUAGAAAUGACUCUGUGUUUGAGGACUAAUUGACCAAGGAACUUUAAACCAGGAAACUGUUAUAUACCCACCUAGUGAUCUAAUCUGCUUCACUGAGGCAAAAAAUGUAAAGCCCUCCAGAUUAUAAUCAGUUUAGUACAAUUCAUGUAAUUCACAUAUUCAAGAUUAGCAACCUAGCCUAAUCACAAGGCCCUUGAGAUCAAUUAGGGGUCUUUAACUCUAGGCCAAGCCUUCAUUGAUUUCCCCAAAGGCCCUCUUCCUACCUAGUCAGAAUUAACAAUUAGAUAUAAGGGCUCCAGACUCUCGUUUGGUAUACAUAUCCCACCAUAUGCCAACUCCAUCUCC